ACAUUUUAUUGGUGCUUUCUGCAUAGGUGUUGCAGGGGACUGCGGAAGGAUGGAAUAUGAAUUCAUUCAUUCGGAGUUGGAAAUAAGAAAAUGAUGGGGGAAGAAAAGGUGAAGACGGGAAAAACGAAGGAAAAUUCUGGGCCAAUCCAGUGGGCAGCAACUAAAUUCCAUCCCUGGGCUUCGAUCGAUUGAGAGUCAAACAUCUGAACUGCUCUUAGCCGUUCGAUUCUCUUGCGACCUCUUCCAUCCGUCCAUCGGCGACCAUCAGAAAACGGGGAUGGUCCUGCACAUAGAUCCCCACCUACUACCCUUUUUGCGGCAAAAAGAAUUCUUGGGCGUUUGAUUUCACGUUCGUUUGUGCAACCCACCAUUCAGCAACGAACCAAUAAAAGACAGUUCUGUCCAGAGAUCAAUGCCCAAAAUCCCAUCUUCCUGCACAAGAUAUUUUUUGGGUCUGUGAUCUCAUUGUCUUCUAAGCACACACCGGCAUCGCUGUUGGUUUCUCUCAGAAAACUGCGGUGGCUAGUGAAUUCUCCAUGAUUUGAGGACUCCAACCGUCUUCCUUUUUUCUGCUGGGGUCCCUGAAAUAGCCUCAGGAUGGUGUUCUGGGAUGGGUAUGUGAGUGAUGAGGCAAUGGGAACUUUUGCCCCCAUUGUGGUCUAUUGGUUGUACGCAGGGAUGUACCAGAUGCUGCCACCGUUGGAUCGGUAUCGGAUGCACACAAGAAAGGAGGAGAAGGAGAAGAAUUCGGUGGCCCUAAGUUCUGUGAUCAAGGGCGUCCUUCUUCAGCAGCUGUUUCAAGCGGUCGUGGCACAGUUAUUGUUUUUGGUAACCUCAAAAGCAAAUCUCACAAAGAAGCCAGUCCAGCCUUCCUAUCUUGUUCAGUUCUUUCAGAUUCUAGUAGCAAUGUUCAUCAUGGAUACGUGGCAGUAUUUUAUUCACCGGUUCAUGCACCAGAGCAAGUUCUUAUACCGGCACAUUCACUCACAACAUCACAAGCUGGUUGUUCCAUAUGCAAUUGGAGCUCUAUACAACCACCCGCUGGAGGGUCUUUUACUUGACACUGUUGGGGGAGCAAUAUCAUUUCUCUUUUCAGGAAUGACUGCUCGGACUGCAGUCUUCUUUUUCUGUUUUGCGGUGGUGAAGACAGUUGAUGAUCACUGUGGACUUUGGUUACCAGGCAAUCUGUUCCAUAUAUUUUUCCAGAACAACACUGCUUAUCAUGACAUCCACCAUCAGCUUAAAGGAUUAAAAUUCAACUAUUCACAGCCUUUUUUCCCAAUUUGGGACAGGUUAUUGGGGACCUACAUGCCAUACACUCUUGUGAAACAUCCUGAAGGCGGGUUUGAAGCAAGACCUUUGAAAGAGUAGCUUUUCCUUCAUCUGCUGAGGUGCCGAAGCUCGUGUACUCUUUGCAGAACCGAACUUCAUAUUUUGUGAAGCAGGCAUUUCUGACUAAGCCAAACAUGAGACACAGACAAAGCUUGGGAUAGAAAGGCUGUACAUAGAGCUUUUAGCUGAAUCUCCAUUUGUUUCACCAGUGAAGGGUAAUUCCAUUACUGUGUGAAUUUAUGAAUGACUGGCUUCUUGCUUUUGAAGUUGCUUAGAUUGAUGUAUUGUAUUUCUCAUUUUCUCUCACGUGCUUUUCCACUGCUUAGUGUGCUCUUGUGAGGUUUAUCUUGGGACUCAAUUGUAUGAUCUAAAUGGUUCUUGCAGAGUGAGGAUAGGAUUGUAUUUAUUUUUA